CGAAAAAUUAAUAUUUGUUUAUUUUUUAACUUAGAAAAUAAUCAAUAAAUCCAUUCGAGCGAUUUCAGAAACUAUUCCAGCUUCCAGGUGUUCUGCGCACCAGCAACUGUGAAUUCUCAUAUGCACAACGAUUGCUGAAUGCAUUUGAACACAUUUUCAUACCGUCCAAUUUGCACGUCCAAUAACCAACAUGUUCCCUGUAUUCUCGGAUGGAAUUAUUGCUCGUUUUGGGUUAUUUUUUCUCGUCCUUCUGUUCAUCAACUCGGUGGCAUCUUCUGGAAAAAUUAGUUCGGCAAAGACUCUGCCCGAUGUUUACCCUGACAAGUCCACAGUUGACGCUUUUAAUCCUUAUAAACGGAUUUUAAAACAUGAUAAUACACGAUUGCGAGAGCAGAAUCAAAACUAUAUAAUUCACAAACAAAACGACCGUGAUGGGAUAGCGGCACUGCCGAAUUGCCCUCGCUUUGCUCGAGAAAUGGAUGUCGUUUUCCGGGAUGAUUUUACUGGCGAUGCCUUAGAUAAAUCUAAAUGGCAAGCGAAGAGUAGAAUCCUUACCAGCAGCGGUCUGCAGUUACACCAUUUACCGGACAACAAUGUCAUUGUUAGCAAAGGCAGUCUGCGACUGAUUGGUAAGGUGCAGGAAACGCAGGAUGGACCAGUACAGUACACUAGCGGAUCCGUGUAUUCGGCCGGAGGUUUCACCUUUAAGUAUGGUGAAGUUGAAUGGAGAGCUAAAACUCCAAAAGGCAACGGUAUUUCAUAUCAGUUGUGGCUAACAAAUUUCGCCAACUGCACACGGCCGGGCAGCGGCAGCACGGGAUGUGAAGAUGUUUAUUCGCCCGCCAUAGCUGUUGCACAAGGACAAGGAGAACUACCUAACGGCUUUUACACUUCCCUGUACCCAAAAGGUGCCCAAGAACUGCACAAAUGGCACUGGAGUGACGCAAGUUUUUCGCUGGACUACCAUAUUUACAGUUUGUUGUGGGAUGAAACAGCAUUGGUAUGGAUGAUGGACGGCGAGGCCAUCUUCUGGACAACCAACCAAAAUGUGAUUCCAGACACCGCAAUGCAGAUCGCAAUGGAUGUGUCUUUUGGAAACACGUUUACCGGCGCCCCAAACAGUAGCUUUCCGGCCGAAAUGGCUGUCGAUUACGUCAUAGUAAAGCAAAGAAAAAGAGACAUUCAUGCUACGGCAUGGAGACCUACAAGCGCUGUAAGCACGCUUCCAUCAGUGCCGAAAUCGACCUCGCUGGGGACAGCACAUGUGACCACAAGUACCACAAGCGGUAACACCGCAAGCCGUAACCUAUCACCAGCAGCUGUCGUAACGAUAGCGUUGCCAACAUUCUCGGUGUGUGUCUUUGUCAUCCUUGUCAGUACAAGCAAGUUUUCUUGAAUUCAGAGCAGCCACUGUGUGGAGGCUCAUAUGUAAAAACAAAUGCGGUGUG